UCGUGGUCGCGUUCGAACAGCUUCGCAGGGAUAAAUGUACACUUGGAGUCGUCCACGAGGCUUUUAGCGUCGGCAGAACGAGACUGUCGUUCGUGUUAGUCGUGCUCGAUCGGUAGAACGGAAUUUUGUACGACGACGACGACGACGACAACGACGAGAAAUUACUGUGUGUACCCGCAAUUGAUCGGACGACACUCGUAAAUGCUCAUUAUCGAGGAUUAAAACAAAUUUAACUUUCGAUGAAGUUUGCUUUCGGUGGAACCGGUAGAAUGUUGGACCGCAUCAGUUUUGCAAUAUGGACAGCAUUCGUAUUUUAUCUAAUAACAACAGUUUCUGGUCAAUUGGAUUUGCCACCGUAUAGGGGUGAAGAUGUAGGCCGACAAGUGCCGUACAGGGGUGAAGAUGCAAGCCGACAAGACUCAUACACGAAUGAAGAUGUAGGACGACAAGUGCCUUCCGGUGAAUUAAAUUAUCAAAAUAUCUUAGCUAAAUUAGAUUUCCUUGGCGCAGAAAGAUGUAGUGCUAAUGUAAUAGCCCAAUGGACAUACGAGACCAAUGUCAACGAAUAUACGCAGCUGCAAGCGCUGGAUGCCCAACGUCUGUAUGCAGACUUCCAGUACCAGGCUUGGCUUUUAAUCUCCAGAAUCGACAUAAAUGCCAUUCGAGAUCCCAUAAUUAGACGACGACUCCGUUAUUUAUCCGCCGUGGGUCCCUCGGCGCUGCCGCCCGAUCAACUAGACAGGUAUAAUCGCCUGAUCAACGAUAUGCUCGCGAUUUAUAACGCGGCGACCAUAUGCGCUUACAACGAUCCGUUCCGGUGCGAGCUACGUUUAUAUCCAGACAUAGCGCAAAUUAUGGCGAGAAGUCGGGAUUGGGACGAACUGCAGUACGUCUGGACAGAAUGGAGAAGACGAAGCGGCAGGCCGAUUAGAGAUCUAUAUCAACAACUCGUUACGCUGAGCAAUGAUGCUGCAAGAAUGAAUAACUUCACUGAUGCCGCCGAGUAUUGGAUGUUCCCUUAUGAAUCUCCUAAUUUCCAACAAGAUAUUGACGAGGCUUGGGAAUCGAUACGUCCACUUUACGAAGAAUUGCACGCUUAUGUUCGUAAGAAGCUGAGAGAUCUCUACGGUCCUGAAAAGAUCGGCGGACACGCGCCUCUUCCGUCUCAUAUUCUUGGUAAUAUAUGGGGACAGUCUUGGACCAAUCUCUUGGAUGUUACUUUGCCAUAUCCUGGAAAAAUAUAUCCUGAUGUUACGCAGGAAAUGCGAGCUCAAGGUUAUACACCCAUUGACAUGAUUCGAGUAGCCGAGGAAUUCUAUUUGUCCUUAAACUUAAGCGCCAUGCCGCCAGAAUUUUGGGCUGGAAGUAUAAUCGCAGAUCCCGGGGAUCGUCCAUUAAUCUGUCAAGCGUCUGCGUGGGACUUCUGCAAUCGUAUAGACUACAGAAUCAAAAUGUGCACAAAAGUGACGAUGAAGGAUUUAAUAACUUUACAUCACGAGAUGGGACACAUCCAGUACUUCCUGCGGUACAGCGGUUUACCUCGCGAAUUUCGCGACGGCGCUAAUCCAGGGUUCCAUGAGGCGGUCGGCGAAACCGUCGCCUUGAGCGUCGCGACGCCGCAGCAUUUGCAAACUCUGGGCUUGGCGAAUAGAUACAUCGACGAACACUCUGCGGACAUUAAUUAUCUCUUCUCCUUGGCGAUGGAUAAACUGGUAUUAUUGCCCUUCAGCAUCGCGAUAGACAGGUGGCGAUGGGAUGUCUUCCGCGGCUAUGUCAAUAAGGAGGAAUACAAUUGCCAUUGGCACAGACUCAAGGAACAAUACACGGGUACCAAACCGCCGGUUCUACGAUCCGAGGAUGACUUCGAUCCAGGUGCGAAGUAUCACAUCCCGGCCAAUAUUCCCUACAUACGGAAUUUCGUGGCUGGGAUCCUCCAAUUUCAGCUGUAUCGCGCGCUGUGCCAGGCUGCAGGACAGAGGUACGGAAUCGACAAUCCGAGGAGGCCGUUGCACAGAUGCGACUUUUACAGAAGACCCGAGGCCGGCAGAAUCUUAGGGAGAUUGAUGGAGAGAGGUUCGUCCAUCCCGUGGCAGGAAACGUUGCGAGAAGCCACCGGUGAAGCUAGAUUAGACGGAUCCGCUCUUAGGGAAUACUUCCGGCCAUUGGAGGACUGGUUGAGGACCGAGAAUUUGAGAACGGGAGAAGUAGUCGGCUGGUCAUACGAUGGUGACUUUUGCAAAAGGAGUAUAGAGACCGCUGGCCUGCAAGUUUAUGGUAGCGGCUUCUAUAAUAGUGGCGUAUCUAUUUCCGCAUCUUGGAUCGCGAGCGGAACCAUGAUGAUUUUUUGGAUUAUAUCAACAUUCUAUUGAAUGUAACGACUAAUGACGUACUAAUUCAUCGAGUAUUAUUGAUAAAAAAAAGAAAAACUUAUUAUUAUAUUAUUAAUGUGUCAAAAUAUAUUACAUCGUAUUUUCAUAUGAUCGCCGCAAGAGUUUUAAACACAAAAAUAAUUCGCUCGAACGUAUCUGAUGGUAAAAUAAUGAUUACUACUGCCAAAUAUAUUAAAAUAUGUACAAUCUUGUCAGGCGCCAAGCUGCAUGUUUUACGUAUUGUAAAAAGAUAUGCAUUUUUUUAUCCUAAAUAUUCGCAUUGUUAAUUUGCAAACUAUUAAAUAUAUUUGUAUAAUUGUAUUAUUAUUAAUAUUAUACAUUCAUAUAAAUUAUAUGUUAUACUAUAAUGUAUAUCAUCCUAUAUAUAAUACGCAGUAUUACAAUUAAGAGUAUAAAGCGUGACUGAAAAUCGUCGUAUGUGUCGUGCGUGGGUGUAAGUACAUAAAUCAUUUUAUAUACUUGAACAGCUCAUGAUUCACGUUUCUGUAAUUAUUAACUUCACUGUUGGUAGACCAAA